GGAGUAAAAAACAAACAAACAAAAAGAGAUAAAAGUAAAAUGCCCAUUCACUAUAAACAUAUCUUAAUUCUCUUGGCAACAGAAUUGGAAGUUGUUAAAGGAAGAAAAAGAAAGAAACAGGGUGCUACACUGAAUGUGAUUCAGGUGAUCUUUAGAGAUAGGUGUUGAUAUCUGUACCUCCAGUUGGGCUGGACGUUGAAUCCCCAUUCAUACCUCACAGAAAGCCAGGGACAUGUGGUUUUGGAAACAGCAUAGGCAUCCAUGUAGGGUUGCACAGUCCUAUACAAGAUGUACAACAUCUUAUUAGCAGCAACUAAAAGCAGAAUUUAAAUAAGCAACUCCUGAGAAGGCAAAAAUGAGGAUGAAGAUGUUCUGCUGAGUCCUGUCCUUCAUCCUCACUUUGGUUAGGAGGAAAAGCUGAUUUUUUUUCCCUUCUCAACACUAUCUUUUCAGUGCUGAUCUCAGAUGUUGAGGCUGGCACUACCGCUGCAUCCAUGAUGUAGCCAUCUGUCUGAGAUAGACCCCAGAGACAGCAUUUAGCUGAAUGGCAUCUUUGAGUGAGCCUGAAGUCUUAGUCUUAUCACAGCUCCUCAGACUCAAGCAGCUGGCCAGAGUUCGUGCCCUGGCAGGAGCAACAUCUUUAGGAUGAGACAGAAGGAAAGCAGGUUUUUGCAAUAAUUGCUUGUAGCUCCUCGAGUUGCUUGGGCCUUGGUUCAGAGCUGGAAAUCUUAGUCCUGGUAUCUAAGUAUGAGCCCAUCCAGAUGAAAUGCUUCUGCUGCCGAUUGCCCUCAUGGCCACAAGCCAUGGCUCCCAGUGGGAAUUCACCUCCCUGGCAGUGUAUUGCAGUCCCAUGUCAGUGAGAGCCAGAAACGAGGUACACGGGGUUAACUAUUUUUGCCUCAGCUGCAGGUGUGCAUUUUUGUGUUGCAUCACUCCUAAUAGCAAGUGUGCCAACAGCUGGGGGUUUCAUUCAUACUGUCCAGCAUGUGUGAGAACCACAGCCCUUCCAGAACCUCCUGAGCAACCGUCUUCACCUUCUUGCCAGAAAUACACUCCCUUUCUGCAAACCAAGUAGCAUCCGGCUGAACACCUCCAGGAAAUUAUGGAGCUGUAUGUCAUCCCUUCCAUGAGAAGUCUCACGGCUGAGGAGUAUGUAGAGGCCUUUCAGUCAUUUUUGGAUCACUCAACGGAGCACCAGUGCAUGGAUGAGUUCAACAAGGAGGUGAUGCCACACAUCAUGGCUGGUCUCGGCAAUGGAAAAUCGACUAUAAACAUUCUGGGAGUGGGGAGCGGCACAGGUGAACAGGAUCUGAAAAUGAUCCAGAUCCUGCAGGCUGCACACCCAGGGGUCCUUAUCAACAACGAAAUCAUAGAGCCCAACCCACAGCACGUGGCCGCCUACAAAGAGCUGGUUAAUCGAGCUCCAGAUCUGCAGGGGGUCUCUUUUACUUGGCACCAGCUUACUUCCUCAGAGUAUGAACAACAGGUGAAAGAGAAAAACACACACAAGAAGUUCGACUUCAUCCAUAUGAUUCAGAUGCUGUACCGUGUGGAAGAUAUUCCUAACACCAUCAAGUUUUUCCACAGCUGCCUCAACCAUCAGGGCAAACUCCUGAUCAUAAUUCUGUCAGACAGCAGCGGUUGGGCCAGCUUAUGGAAGAAGUACAGGCAUUGCUUGCCUUCAACCGACAGUGGCCACUACAUCACCUCCGACAGCAUCACGGCAGUGCUGAGGAAGCUCGGCAUCAAGUACCACGUUUAUGAGUUCCCAUCGGGCUGGGACAUCACCGAGUGCUUUAUUGAGGGGGACCCAGCCGGAGGCCAUAUGAUGGAUUUCCUGACGGGGACAAAAAACUUCCUGGGCACAGCACCGGCAGCUCUGCGGAGCCGUCUGCAGGAGGCUCUCUGCCAGCCCGAAUGCAGCAGCAGGAAGGACGGGAGAGUCAUUUUCUGCAACAAUCUCAGUAUGAUCGUAGCGGAAUCCUAAAGCCUGGACCAACUUGCAGAGGUGACGUAGGGCAAGGCAGUUGUAAGGCAAAGCAGAGAUGGGCAGGCAGGAGAGCAGGGCUCAUCCAUCCCAGUCUGGGAGGAUGGAGCAGCCUGUGAUGUCAAGGAUGAUCUCUUUUUUGUAUAUCUCAUCUAAAUCUCCCCUCUGUUCGUUUGAAACUGUUUCCCUUUUUCCCAUUAUAACAGAGCCUGCUAAAGAGGCUGACCCCUUCUUUCUCAUAGACCCCUUUAGAUACUUAAAGUCCACUCUCAGCUCUCCCCGGAACCUUCUCCAGGCUGAACAGCCCCAAUUCUCAGCCUGUCCACAUAGGAGAGGUGUUCCAUCCUUUGGAUCAUUUUUGUGGUCCUCCUCUGGAUGCACUCUGACAGGUCCAUGUCUCUCCUGUACUGAGGACUCCACAUCUGGACGCAGUACUCCAGGUGAGGUCUCACCAGCACAGAGUAGAGGGGCAGGAUCUCCCUCUUCUCCGUGAUGGCCAUGCUUCUUUUGAUGCAGCCCAGGAUAGAGUUAGCUUUCUAGGCUGCGAGGGCACAUUGCUGGUUCCUGUCUAGCUUAGCACCCACCAGUAUCCCCAGGUCUUUUUUCAGCAGGGCUGUGCUUUAUCCUAUCAUACACCAGCUUUUAUUGAUAGUGAAGGUAGCCUGAUAGUGAAGAUAGCCACUUCCCAGGUGCCUGACCUUGCACUGGGCUUUGUCAAACCUCACUUGGUUUUCCUGGGCCCACUGCUCGAGCCUGUCUAGGUCUUUCUGGAUGGCAUCCCAUCCCUCAGGUGUGUUGACUGCACCACACACCUUGGUGUCAUCCACAAGCUUGCUAAGUGUGCACUCUAUCCUGUUGUUGAUGUCAUUGAUGAAGAUGUUAAAGAGCACUGGUCCCAGCACUGACCCCUCAGAGACACCACUCAUCACUGAUCUCCAUCCAGACAUUGAGCCAUUGACCACCACUCUCUGGUAUGCAUCCUCUCUAUGCUUUUGAAGCUGGGAAUUCCAGCUUUCUAUGCAGACAGCAUGUUUACAUACCUAAAGAUGUGCCCAUAUGACACCAUAUGAUGCCCCCAUGCCAGCUGCAUUUAUGCACUGGUUUCUUACAACUGUGCCUGGACAACACCUGCAAGGUAUCCCCAUUGCUUUGCACCAAGCAUGUGCCUCAGUGCACCCUGAGAGGAGCACGCUGCUCUGCACCAGGUCUUUUGUUGUUUUUUUUAAUCAGCAUAGUUAUUUACUACCCCAAACUUCUCAGCAUCUCAUAAUAUAGACGUCUUAACAUUUUUUUCCACCUUUUUGUUUGGAGAAUUUCUGGAUUCUGGGAUAGUACUUGCCCUGUGCUCGUUCAGGAAGGUAUUAAUUUUACUACUUUCUUUCUACUGUUUUUUCUUCAUACAAAAUAAAAGCCAUUUUAAAACAGAAAA